CUUUCACUGAGUCACAGAGCUGAGAAUAGAAGGGAAGAGAGCCUUGCUGCCUUCAUUCACUGGCUGGACCCGAGCAAGACGGCACAAUGGAGUGUGGAUUGGUUGCUACUCAUCUGAAACUUCAGCAUGGAGAGACGGUUGAGGUGAAGGGGAAGAUCUUGUCCGAUUGCAAAGAAUUUGUUGUGAAUCUGGGCCAAGACUGCGACAAUAUCGCCCUUCACUUCAACCCACGCUUUGACUGCAAGGGGGAUGUGAACACCAUCGUCUGCAACUCGAUGGAAAAUGGGGAAUGGGGAGAAGAGCAGAGAGAAGCCGACUUUCCUUUUGAGCAGGACGGCAAAGUUCAGCUUUCCUUCACCUUCCUUCCAGGUGAGAUCAAGGUGCUUCUGGCAGAGGGCCACGAAAUCUCCUUCCUCAACCGGCUGGGCCUGAAGACCAUCGAGUACAUUGCAGUGGAAGGAGACUUCAAGAUCCGAGUCCUCAAAUUUUGCUAAUCUAGCGCUCCGUCCCCGUCGCCUUGUUGAACAAAACUCAGUUGUGUUCUUCCAAAAAAAAAGUAGGCCGCUUAACAUGGUUCUAUUUUAUAACUUGGAUGGGGGAACCUUUUUCACCCAAAGAGUUGUGCAUUCCCUCCUGGGCGACCUCCCAGUGCAUCUCGAAAAACAUCUUCAUGGUAAAAGAUGAAUAAAUUUUGGGACAGUCAA